GCGCACAUGUCCGCGCAAGAAGCCGGAGGAGGAUGGCUGAAGCCGCCGCGCCGCUACCGCUGCCGCUACCGCAGCAGCCUGAGCAGCGCAGCCGAGCCCGCGGGGACCUGGGCGGCGGCACCCAAGCCUCGCACAGGCUGCUGGCCUAUAGCGACGCGCUGUUCUCCAUCAUCGCCACCGUCAUGAUUUUGCCCGUGGCCCAUACAAAGAUACAUCCAGACCAGAAACUGGGCGAAAGCGUUCAGCAUCUCCUUGCCACCAAAGUCGUUGUUUAUCUGAUGUCUUUUUUAAUAGUGACAGUGGCUUGGGCAGCUCAUGUCAGGCUUUUCCAAGUUAUUGAACUUAUAGAUGAUGUACUUGCCCUUCUAAAUUUGGCAUGUAUGAUGCUCAUUACCUUUUUGCCAUACACGUUCUCUUUAAUGGCCUCUUUUCCAGAUGUACCAUUCGGCAUUUUCCUGUUCAGUAGCUGUGCUGUCGUAAUCGGCUUUGUCCAGGCUAUCAUUGUGGUGUAUGGCUUCCACCAUCCAUAUUUACUUAAUCAUCAAAUACAGGAGUCUGAAAACCAGGCAUUUUAUAAAAAUCACAUCCUGAAGAUCAUACUAAGGGGACCAACACUGAGCUUUUUGGCUGCCAUCUUCUCAUUAUUCUUCAUCCCAUUGUCAUACAUGUUCCUUGGACUUGUUAUUUUUUUCCCACACCUCAACCACCUAACCAAAUGGUUUCAAAGCAAGUUUCUGGGUCAAGAAGAAGAGGUCCCUCUGGAGUCUUUCACUUUUUAUCUCACUGAGCCCCUUAGUAAGGAACGAGUAGAGGCAUUCAGUGAUGGUGUUUAUGCAAUUGUCGCAACACUGUUAAUUCUUGAUAUAUGUGAAGAUAAUGUUCCUGCUGCUAAAGAUGUUAAUGAAAAAUACCGUGGUAAUCUCAUCAAUGCCUUGAGUGAAUAUGAUCCGACCUUCCUUGCCUACUUUGGAUCUUUUGUAACUAUUGGCCUUCUCUGGUUUGUCCACCAUUCACUUUUCAUUCAUGUGACAAAAACAACUCGACUUAUGGGGGUCCUUAAUAACCUUUCUUUGGCAUUUAUUGGAGGCCUGCCUCUUGCUUACCAGCUUACCAGUGACUUUGCAGAGGAGUCUCACAAUGAAAUAGAAGCCAUCCAGGUGAGCUGUGCCACCAUUUUCUUUGCUAGCAUCUUCCAGUUUGGCAUCUGGACUGCUGCUUUGUUCUACGAAAGGGAAACAUUGCAUCCUUUUGCCAGGUAUGGUGGCAAAGAACAUGCCUUUAUGUUUGCCAAGCUUGCACUGUAUCCUUGCGUGAGCCUCGCAGUCUUCAUCCUAACCUGCAUCGUGAGUGAACUGAGUGCAACCAUUUUCCAUCUCACACAGAUCAUUGUCCCAUUUGCCUUCCUUGUGUUGCGCAUCUUUGUCAGAAUUGGUUUGGUGGGGCUGAAGUCCAUUGUGUCUCUGUGGCAUCCAAGGGGCAGAGCAUUAGAAGAAGAGGAAGCAUGUUUGUCUCCCGAAUCCUUGUCGUAGCUUUCCUUACACUUUACUGUGGUUCUGCUACGACUUGAAUGUGGCUGGACAAAGCCACAACUUUGUAAUAUUGAGCAUUUAGCCAAGUUAAGUCCCUCCAUUUAUGAAACAGACAUGUUUCAAAUGUUCCAUAUGAAAACCCUGAGGAUGGGGUGUCAUCAGAGCUGCAGGGCCCAUAUUCUGCCUGCAGCUUCUGGGUCAGUGAACUGGGCAGGAUGAUGUUACUCAUCAGAGGGUGCUCCAGCAGGGAAGGCUUUGGAUAGGAAUGCUCCUGAAGAAAGAGCAGGAAAUCCAAGGGACUGUUACAGUCUCCACUCUGUAUUUGUGAGGUGCUGGAUACACUGCUGUGUCCGUUGUCAGAGCCAGUAAAGGAGGUAAACCGAUAUGAAUAUAAAUGUUGGUUCCAUGUCGUGAGUGAGCAGGGGUGGAGACGCAUGCUGAAUGAUUGUAUGUUCCAGGCUGUGGUAGUGGCAGGGGGGUCACUAAUUGUGCCCUGUAGUACUAACUCUGGAUAUAUUGUUCUGGAAUAAUCGAGAAAACCAAUAUGCAUGGUAUUAGCCAACCAACUAUGGAUCUGUGAAACAAAUUUCUGCCAAGGGUAAUCAGAGAAAUAGUUCAUCCAGGAUUGAGAAAAAUCUAAGGAAAUCUAACUGCUUUGAAUCUUGGAAUGUCAGAAUAUCUCACAACCCUUUGCAGGGCUCAUGUGGGUCCUGGAGAAACUUGAAGCUGGUUCACAGAUGGAAGGAGCUUUUUAGGCUCUUGAAUCUAAGCCUUUGGAGCUCAGUGCAGGAAACUAGUUAAAAGCAUUUCCUGGCACAUGGCUAAUCCUAUCUCUGUCUGAAUUCCUCCAGUGAGAGAGGCCACGGGGUCUUUAGGCAGGUGGUUCCAUUGUCUGACCGCUCUGACCAUUGGGAAGGGUUUCUCGAUGUUCAACCCAAAUGGGCCUUCUGGUAAUUUAAGCUCACUAUUUCAUGUCCUAUAGCAUGGGUUCUCAAACUACGGCCUGGAUCCGGCCCACCAUGCCCAUUUAUCUGGCCCGCCAUAGAGGUUUGGGACUCACGUGUGGCGAAGUGGGGGCUUGCUCGUGCAGAGAUUGCUUUGAACUCACUCAGAGAAAAGGAUCUCCCUGUGAGCAAGCCUCUGCUGUUCAGUGCGCGUGCCCAGCGGCGGCUUGCUCGUGCGGAGAUCGUUUUGGACUCGCUCGGAAAAAAUUACCUCCCUGCGAGCAAGCUGGUGCCUCGCCAUGCGCGUGCGCCCCCCUGCCCCAGCCCGCGCCCAUCGCCAGCUCCUUUCAACUGGCCCCAUUUAAAAAGUUUGAGGACCCAUCGUAUAGCCUUGGAUGAAAGUGAGCAGGUUGUGAUCUGUUUCUGUAUGACAACCCUUUUUAGGUAUGUGAAAACAUAGUUGUUGAAUUUUCCAGCAAUGGCUUCAUGUCCGCUUCUUCUGUCACCUAAGCCUUGCCUAAUCUGCAAGAUUGUGGGUUUGGGAUUGCUGUUAACUUGAAGCAAGAACAGUCAGUGCCUAAUGUUUGAUAUGGCUUCUCCAUGAAAAGCGCAGCAUUACAGUGGAGUGUUCUAGCUUUCAAAUAGCUUCUUUGCUUUCUUGUUCACUGCACUUUACUAUGAAUAUGUAGUCUUUGCACUGGGAAUGAAUUAUGAUGCUUCUGUUUUCUGUUCUUGAUUGUAGAUUUGCUUUAGGGCAAUGUCCUUUAUUAUAUGUCGAGAUUCAAGAUUCAAGAGCGAUUACCUUAAUGCUGUUCGAUCCCUUAUUUUAUAUAUUUGCUAUUUUUAAAUAAAAUGCUAUGUUUACAAUUA